GGGUGAACUGUGAGGUGAACGAGGACGACUGUGCAGGUAACCCGUGUGAGUACGGAGAGUGUGUGGACGGGAUCGACGAGUACACCUGCGUCUGUGCUCCGGGAUACACAGGUGAGCAGUGUGAGGUGGAGGUGGAUGAGUGCAGCUCCAGCCCCUGCCUGGGGGGGGGCACCUGUGUGGACCAGCUCGACAGAUUCCUGUGCCAAUGCCCCCCGGGCACCCACGGCCCCCUCUGCCACUCAGGCUCCAACCUCUGCGCCCCCCAGCCCUGUCUCCAUGGAGACUGUGUCGAACAGCAUGCUGGGUACAGGUGUGAGUGUGAGUCUGGCUGGACAGGGCAGCACUGUGACCAGGAGCAGGACGAGUGUCUGUCCAGCCCCUGCCUGAACCAGGCCACCUGCCUGGACCGACACAACAGCUACACCUGCCAAUGCCAGCCUGGAUUCACAGGAGUGAACUGUGAGAGGGGGGUGGAUGAGUGUGCCUCAGAUCCCUGUCAGAACAUGGGGACCUGUGUGGACGGAGUCAACAGCUUCACCUGCCUCUGUAGCCCCCCCUACACAGGUCAGCAGUGUGAGCAGGAGCUCCUCCCCUGCGCGUCUCGCCCGUGUGAGAGGGGGGGCGAGUGCCACCCCUCACCUGACUACACCUCCUACACCUGCAGAUGCCCCAGCGGGUGGCAAGGGCCGCGCUGUGCAGAGGAUGUGAAUGAGUGUCUCAGGGCUCCAUGUGUGAACCAGGCAGAGUGUGUGAACACGCAGGGCAGUUACAACUGCAGGUGUCUGCCAGGAUACAACGGACACAACUGCCAGAACAACAUUGAUGACUGCUCCCCCAACCCGUGUCUGAACGGGGGGGGCUGUGUGGACGGGGUGGCCAGGUUCUCCUGUGAGUGCCGGCCGGGCUUCCAGGGUGAGCGCUGCUCGGAGGAGGUGGAUGAGUGUGUGCGGGGCGCGUGUGGUCAGGGAGCGCUGGCCUGCCGAGACUACGUCAACAGCUACGUCUGCGAGUGUCGCCAAGGUUACGGAGGCAAGCUCUGCGAACACAAAAUCCCAGAAUGCACUGCGAGCUCCUGUCUGAAUAACGGGACAUGUGUGGACGACAUCAACUCCUUCUCCUGUCACUGCCGCUCAGGGUUCCACGGCCGCUUCUGUGAGUUUGAGGAGAACGAGUGUGACUCGGGUCCGUGUCAGAACGGGGGCACCUGCUGGGACGGCCUGUCCUCCUACAUCUGCUCCUGCCCCCCGGAGUACGCAGGGGGCAACUGCCAGCUGUAUGUAGACCAGUGCAGCCAGGUGCGCUGUCUGAACGGGGGCUCCUGUUCCCAGACGAAGACCAGGUGGACGUGUCACUGCCCGCAGGGCUGGACCGGACGCUACUGCGACGUGCCCAACAGGAGCUGCCAGGACCAGGCUGCCCAGAGCGGGCUGGCUGUGGAGGCUGUGUGUCAGCACGCAGGGCAGUGUGAGAACGUGGGCAGCAGCCACCGCUGCCGGUGCCAGCGAGGGUACAGCGGCAGCUACUGUGAGGAGGAGGAGGACGAGUGCAGAUCCCUGCCCUGCCGCAACGGAGCCACCUGCACCGACUACCAGGGCUCCUACGACUGCCAGUGCCAGCCAGGUUACCAGGGGGUGAACUGUGAGUACGAUGUUGACGAGUGUUUCUCCAGCCCCUGUCUGCAUGGAGGCACCUGCAUCAACCUGCUCAAUCACUUCACCUGCUCCUGCCCCCGAGGAACACGAGGCCCCCGGUGUGAGGUGAACGAAGACGACUGCGCCCCCUCGUCGGGGUCCUGGGCCCCCCGCUGUCUGAACGGGGGCCGCUGUAUGGACGAGGUGGGGGGCUUUUCCUGCUCCUGCCCCCCGGGCUUCACCGGGCACCUCUGCGAGGGCGACAUCAACGAGUGCAAGCCCCUCCCCUGCCACAAACCCGGCAGCCUCGACUGCGUCCAGCUGGUCAACGACUUCCAGUGCCGCUGUCGCCUAGGUUACACAGGGCGGCUGUGUGAGUCCAUGGUGGAUCUGUGUGAGUCCAAACCCUGUCACAACAGUGCCUCCUGUUCCAUGGACAUGAGCUCCGGACACGGAUACACAUGCUCCUGCCUUCCUGGCUACACUGGUUUAAACUGUGGAGACCUUGAGGACUACUGUGCUCGUCUGCAGUGCCAGAACGGGGGCUGGUGCCAGGAGUCCCGGGAGGGGGUCCUCCAGUGCCACUGUCCCCCCGGCUUCACCGGCCUCCGCUGCCAGACCCCCCAGGCCGGGCCCCCGGGCCCCCAGGCCUGCCCCUGCCUCAACGGAGGCACCUGCAACCCGGACCCACACUCCCCCCUCCUCUACACCUGCCGCUGCCCCCCCCACUUCAGCGGGCGCCAGUGUGAGCUCCUGACCCCCCAGGCCUGGCCCCCGGGCCCCCGCGCCUGCCCCUACACAGAAUGUGAGCAGCGAGCGGGGGACAAGGUGUGCGACCCCCAGUGCAGUAACCAUGACUGCCAGUGGGAUGGGGGGGACUGCUCCCUGCACUGGGCUCAGCCCUGGGCCAACUGCUCCUCCUCGCUGCUCUGCUGGGAGCUGUUCAGGAACGGACGCUGUGACCAGCAGUGUGACAACCCUGGCUGCCUCUACGACAGCUUCGAGUGUCAGGACGAGCCACAGGAGUUCUGCAAGUAUGAUAAGUACUGUGCAGAUCACUAUGGUAACGGGGUGUGUGACCGGAGCUGCUACACGGAGGGAUGUGGCUGGGACGGGCUGGACUGCUCCGGGGCCCGCCCCCCCGAGGUGGUGGACGGGGCCCUGGUCAUAGUGGUGCUGCUGCAGCCCCCAGAGCUCAUCAGCGACAUUAAGGGGUUCCUGCGCUCCCUGGGCACUCUGCUCCACACUAACCUGCGUGUGAAGAUGGACUCCCAGCAGCAGCUGAUGGUGUACCCCUACUACGGGCUGGACCAGGAGCCCAGCGACCCGCCCUCCUCACGACAGCGCUCACCCAGGGAGCUGGACCAGGAGGUCAUAGGGUCUAAGGUGCAUCUGGAGCUUGAUAACAGGGAGUGUUCUCAGAGCUCUGUGGAGUGUUUCAGCAGCACAGAGCAGGCUGCCUCCUUCAUCGCAGCAGAGUACAUCACCUCGGCCCUCCCCUAUCCUGUGAUCUCUGUCGGCAGUACACCCCCAGACCCUCCGGGGCCGGUGUACCUGCUGUACCUGGUGGGCGUGGCGUCGGUGCUGGUGCUGCUGCUGGUGCUGCUGGGCAUGCUGGCCGCCAAGAGACGCAGGAAGCACGGGGUGCUGUGGCUGCCCGAUGGCUUCCUGCCCCGCAAGGACGACAAGAGGAGGGAGCCUGUGGGCCAGGACGACUUCGGGAUGAAGAACUUCAAGCCCCAGGAGUCGGCCAUGCUGGACGGGGGACAAGGACACAGCUGGCUGGAGGAGGAGGGAGCCCCCAAGAGACCACGGCUGGAGGACAAGCCUCUGCUGCCCCUGGUGGAGGCUGGCGUGGACCGCAGGGAGUGGACCCUGCAGCACCACAAGGCUGCGGACAUCAGCCUGACCCCGCCCCAGGACCACCCCGAUUGCCUGGACGUCAACGUCAAGGGCCCAGAUGGCUUCACCCCCCUCAUGCUGGCCUCUCUGCGUUCGGGCGGGGCCUCUGACUGCGGGCUGCAUGAGGAGGAGGAGGAGAGCGGGGGUGAUGAGCCGGUCCCCAGCGCCAUCUCUGACCUCAUCACGCAGGGCGCCGCCCUCAUGGCCCAGACGGACCGCACAGGUGAGACGGCGCUGCACCUGGCCGCUCGCUACGCCCGCGCCGACGCCGCCAAACGCCUGCUGGACGCCGGAGCCGACGCCAACGCCCACGACAACAUGGGCCGCACGCCUCUGCACGCCGCCGUGGCAGCCGACGCUCAGGGGGUCUUCCAGAUCCUGAUCCGUAACCGGGCGACAGAGCUGGACAGCAGGAUGGGAGAUGGCACCACGCCCCUGAUCCUGGCCGCCAGGCUGGCAGUGGAGGGCAUGGUGGAGGAGCUGGUGCACUGCCACGCAGACAUCAACGCUGUGGACGACCACGGGAAGUCAGCGCUCCACUGGGCCGCGGCGGUCAACAAUGUGGAGGCCACGCUGGUGCUGCUGAAGAACGGAGCCAACCGAGACAUGCAGGACAACAAGGAGGAGACCCCCCUGUUCCUGGCGGCACGUGAGGGCAGCUUCGAGGCGGCACAAGUUCUGCUGGAUCACUACUCCAACCGUGACAUCACCGACCACCUGGACCGCCUCCCCCGCGACACGGCGCAGGAGCGCAUGCACCACGACAUCGUCCGCCUGCUGGACCAGUACAACCUGGUGCACAGCCCCCACAGCGGCACACAUCCGGGGGGCCUCGGGGGGCCCUCGCUGGUCUGCGGGGGGGCCUACCUGGGCAUGAGGCCAGGGCCCCAGGGCAAGAAGAGCCGGAGGGGGGCGGGGGCCAAGGUGGGCGGGGGCGGAGCCGGUACGGCCAAGGAUCUGAAGGACUUGAAGGCCAAGAGGAGGAAGAAGCCCGCAGGAGGGGAGGGGCCUGGCUUGGGGGGAGGAGCCACGAAGGCAGGAGGAGGAGGUGGAGGAGGAGGGGGAGGGGGGCUGACGGAGAGCUCAGUCACCAUGUCUCCUGUGGACUCCCUGGAGUCUCCUCACUCCAACACAGCCACCUCCCCGUCCCCCCGCCCCCUGCUGCCCCCCGUCAGCCACAUGCUUGGGCAGCAGCAGGCCUGGGCUGGCAUGAAGCAUGGCUACGGGGGCCACAUGUUCAGCCUCCUGCCCCAGCAGCUGGGGAUGGGCGGGGGGCACAGCCACCUGGCCUCCCAGCCCGCCCCCCAGGGCAUGCUCACCCCCAUGAACGUCACCAUGAGCCGGGAGCAGCUGCCCCCCAUCGUCACCUUUCAGAUGAUGGCCCCAGGGCCCCAGAGCGGGGGCCCUGCCAUGCUGAAGCAGAGCCAGGGGGGCCCGGGGCCCCAGGGGGGGCCGGGGCCCCAGGGGGGGCUCUCCCAGAUCCACUGCAGCCAGGGCCUGAUGUACCAGAUGUCGGAGGUGGGGCGUCCGCAGCCUCGCAUGGCUCGCCUGCCCCAGCAGGCCCGCCCCCUGAGGGGGCACGGCCACCCCCACCCCUACCAGGCCAUGCAGAGCCCCGUGGAUAAGUACCCCACCCCCCCGUCCCAGCACAGCUAUGCCCCUGCUGGCUCCGAGGGCACCCCCCCCGGACACCCUGGCCAGCCCCCUAGCGAGCACCCCUACCUCACCCCCUCCCCCGAGUCCCCCGACCCCUGGUCCUCCUCCUCUCCCCACUCCAACUCAGACUGGUCUGAUGUCACCACCAGCCCCACCCCUCUGGGCAACCCCCCCCACGCGCUCCAGGCAUCACGGCACACACACAUUCCCUAGCGGGUGACCCUGCCCGCCACCUGUUGCCUACACUUCCCAGAAGCCCUGGCGUGGGCACGUGCCUGUGUUGGCGUAGGAGAGGGGCUACACGGCCACCAUGUUUGUAGUUCUUCUACAUAAACUCUUAAACACGUAUCUAUCUUGUUUAAACAAAGACUUGCCUUUUCUUGUUCUCUCCUUGCCUCCUUCGUAUGAUAAUCACUCCCCCCCCCCCCCCCCGUCCUCUCCCAGUCUGGACAUGGAUGACCACAGACCCAUUACCCCUUCAAUCAUUAACUCUGCUUUUCAUUCAUUAAAACUAGCCUAAUAUUACUGUGUUCAAGCACCAGGAGGUCAAAGUUUUUUUUGUGAGUUAGGGUACGUCUGACACACACACAUCAACACACCGACGUACACACACACACACACCACAGCUGCUGAGCCCCUCAGGUAGAUCUCCUAUUGUGGGGUACUAACACUUCCUGUUUACUUCCUGGUUCUCUCAUCUGAUCCAGAGUGUACAUCCUGUCUCCGUAAAUGCAGUCAGUCCCAGUGUUUGUUUGGUGCCAAGGGAGGGGGAGGGAGGUUACAGUAUACUAUGGAUGAACUAAGAAGCUUUAACUAAACACAUUUCUACUAUGUUACACAGUCAAGUUUAAUUUAAAAGUUUGUUUUGAGUUUCUGAUCUGUGGUGGAACAGGGCUGUUCCAGGCUUGUUGAUAGUGAUGGUGACAGUGUUCUGUCUGACUGGUACUGACAGUGUGACUGUGGUACUGAUCCAGACAGCAUCUAUUCUCAACUCUUAAUGCUGUUCCAUUUUACAUUCAUAUAAGUGUUUUGUAAUAUGAUUUCUCUAACAGUUGGAAAAGGUUAUGAGAUUGUACGAUUGUCUUUUUUUUUCUUCUAAAUGGCUGUUUAUUUUUUAUGUUCUUGUGCCAAUGAAUCCUAUAAUCACUUUUUGCUUUAUUACAAUCAGCAUGUAGAUCUGUGCACCUUGACUGAUCAUCACAAACCAAGUGUAGAGAUCUUAGGGCUUUAUUGUUAUCUGAUGAUCAGAGUUUUGUUGCAGCCUAAUGUGUGUUCUGUUACUCCAGACAAUCAUGGGUCGAGUCAGUUCUGUUGAACUGAACUUGAGUGUCUCUCAGCACGAAACAUUGAUGUUGGAAAAGUUUCAGUGAUUGUUACUGCGUAGGCCUGUGAAGUUAUAAUCACUAAGGCCAUGUUAAUUGUUUACCGAUACUAAGUGCCUGAUUGACCAAACCAGACUUCCUGUCCUGUUACUUUAACCUGGGCACUUAAAACCUCCCCCCCCCAAUAAACCCCCCAGUGAUGGUUGUCAGAGAUUACAGUGUCAGCCUUGUGCUUGCUGAGACACAAGGCUGGGCAUGUGCUUGUAAAUACCCCCCAUUUUUGUAAGUUUAGUUUAUUUUCCUACAUCGUUAACCAUAUAUUAUAUUGACAUGUUACAUGGAUUAGUCUUGCAUCCGGUUUAUGCCGUGUAGGUGAUGUUUGUAAUGAACAACUUUUCUGAUUGAAAUAAACCAAAUGAUCAAGUGUUUUACUGAAAUAAAUUCAGAGCUUCAUAUUAA